AUGCCGCGCUAUUCACAGAAUGCAGAUGCGGCACGCGCAGCCGCAGAACAAGCAGAGUUCAACGAGAAGAAGUGGGUGUGGGUGCCCGACGAGGAGAAUGGGUAUAUUGCAGGCUGGGUUAUUGAAGAGAAUGAAGAAAGCGCAGAGGUCGUCAUGGCCGCUGGAGGCGACACACGCACAAUAUCUCUGAAUGCGCUCUCAAAGAUGAACCCACCAAAGUUUGAUCGUGUCGACGACAUUGCCGACCUUACCUUCCUCAAUGAGGCGAGCGUCGUUCAUAAUCUCAGACUGCGGUAUCUUUCAGGAGCGAUUUAUACAUAUUCGGGCCUCUUCUUGGUUGCGAUCAAUCCGUACACCCAGCUACCGCUUUAUACGGAUGCUAUUAUUGAACAAUACCGUAACAAGCGGCGAGACGAAAAUGCUCCACAUAUAUUCGCAAUUGCAGAAAGGGCAUGGAUGAGCAUGGGAGAAGAACGAGAGAAUCAGAGCAUUCUCAUCACUGGCGAGUCUGGUGCCGGAAAGACGGAGAACACCAAGAAGGUCAUCCAGUAUUUGGCAGCGAUUGCCACUGAGAAUCAUACGACUCCUCCGCAUUCCCGGACCUCGUCAACUGUGACUCCGUCCAACUCUAAUCCAAGUGGAUUCAAUGUCCCCAAUAGCGGACUUCCUCGUGGUCCUGCUCACAAACACAAGUCGUCUCAGUCCAUCACCGCUCCACCCGCCAAGUCCAAGGGCAAAUUAGGUCUCCUCGAGCGCCAGAUUCUGCAGGCGAAUCCAAUCUUAGAAGCGUUUGGUAACGCUCAAACAGCGCGAAACAACAACUCGAGUCGAUUCGGCAAAUUUGUUCGCAUCAGCUUCAGCCCCGAAGGUAGUAUAGCGGGUGCUAACAUCGACUGGUACCUGCUCGAGAAGAGCCGUGUCGUCGUUCGGUCUGACGUGGAGCGAAACUUUCACGUCUUUUAUCAACUGCUCGAAGGAGGUGGUCCGUUGUUGGCCACACUCUUACUGGAUGGGGAUGUCGAUUCCUACGAGUAUCUGAACAAGAGUCGACGCGAAAUUGAUGGAAUCAAUGAUCGCGAGGAAUGGAGGCUACUGCAGAACGCCUUGGAUGUCGUUGGAUUCACUCCAAACGAGCAACUGGAUCUAUUCAGGAUCAUAGCAGCCAUCCUUCAUAUUGGAAACAUUGAUAUCUCGGCAGACAGGACGGACCAAGCUCAGAUCCGCGUUCCAGCACAAGCGGAGAAAGUCUGCCAUCUCCUAGGAAUCUCGGUACAAGAGUUUACAAAAGCGGUCCUUCGUCCUCGGGUUCUGGCUGGUCGUGAAUGGGUCACCCAAGCACGCACACGACAGCAAGCCCUUGAUGAGCUCUCUGCGCUCUGCAAGACCCUCUACGAAAAGUCUUUUGGAGCCUUGGUAGACCGUAUUAAUCGUGCCCUUGAUCGUCCGUCGUCGAAGUCGUCCUUUAUCGGCGUUCUCGAUAUCGCUGGGUUUGAGAUCUUUGAGACAAACGGCUUUGAACAACUCUGCAUCAAUUAUACCAACGAGAAGCUGCAGCAAUUCUUCAACCACCACAUGUUCGUUUUGGAGCAGGAGGAAUAUCGACGUGAACGCAUCGAAUGGGAGUUUGUCAACUUUGGACUCGACCUCCAGCCAACAAUCGACCUCAUCGAGUCGAGUGGGUCUGUGAUCGGUAUUCUGAGCUGCCUCGAUGAAGAGUGCAUCAUGCCGCGUGCGACGGAUGCGACGUUCACUCACAAGCUCAAUAUGCUGUGGACCACUGACACGCCCGGGGAAGAGCCGCAUCCAGGCAAGGCCAAAUACGCCCCCAAUAGAUUUGAGCAAGGUUUCACUGUCCAGCACUACGCUGGUCGCGUUGAAUACCGAACGGAAGGUUGGCUCGAGAAGAACAAGGAUCCGCUGAACGAGAACCUCACCCGGGUUCUCGCUUCCUCUUCUGAGAAGUACAUAGCCGGACUCUUCUCCGAAUACUCUGAAGGUGGCGGAACCGAUGGCUCACGGAAGCGUAUUCUCAAAAAAGGUGCAUUCAGAACGGUUGGCCAGAGACACAAAGAGCAACUCAACAACUUGAUGUCUCAACUACAAGCGACCCAACCACACUUUGUUCGAUGCAUCGUUCCCAACCCUUACAAACGGCCUGGUCGAGUGGACGUUCCACUUGUCCUGGAUCAGCUCAGGUGCAACGGUGUGCUGGAGGGCAUUCGUAUCGCUCGUCUCGGGUAUCCGAAUCGACUGCCUUUUGUCGAAUUCCGGUACAGAUAUGAGAUUCUUACACCGGGUAUCAUCCCUCGUGGAUACAUGGACGGUCGCAAAGCGUGCUUGCGCAUGGUUGAUGCUCUCGAGCUUGAUCGAGCAGUGUUCAAGAUUGGAACCUCCAAAAUCUUCUUCAAGGCUGGAGUCCUUGCUGAGCUCGAAGAGCGCCGAGAUGGUAUCCUCUUCGAUAUCUUCUCGCGUAUUCAAGCAGUUGCUCGGAUGUGGACUGCGCGCCGACAGAUGCGAAAGAUUCUCAACCGUGCAGUCGCCAUUCGGACCAUUCAGCGCAAUGCCAGGAUGUAUGGCGACCUCAAGGAAUGGCCUUGGUGGCAAUUGUACACAAAGGUCCGACCAUUGCUCACGGCAACGCGAAAUGAAGAAGAGUUGCGCCGCAAAGAGACAGAGUUGACCUUGGCCAAAGAACGGGCAGAACGUGAUAAACAAGAACGUGAAGCCCUUCAGAAACUCAAGAUGGAGCUCGAGUCGGAGAAGCGUAAAGUCGAAGAGCAACUGGAAGCAGAGCGAGCUCUUGGGUUGGAAAAGGACAGACUUUUGGAACGCAGCAAGAAGCAAGAGUCUGACUUGACCGACGAUGUAAUUGCCCUUCAACUCGACCUGGAGACUGUGGAUGGACAACUCGAUCGCGCAAUGAAGUUGCAAAAGGAGACGGAUGAGAAAUACAAGGCAACCCUCCUGAAGUAUGAAGAAGCCGCUUUCAAUCUUAGUAAUCUCGAAUCAUCCGCGGCGUCUUGGCGUCAGCGUGAAGAUGAACUCACCGCUUCCAUUCAACGCGCAGAGGGCGAGGUCACCAACUUGACUAUAGCCCAAGAAACCCUAAAGAAGACCCAAGCUGAUCUGCAGCAGAAGCUGGUCGAGAAAGACCAAGACAUCACCAGAGUUCGCGAAAGGCUCGAGGCAAAUGUCCGCGAAUUGGAGAGUAAGAUCUCACAAGAGACAGGCUCCAAGGAUAUUUUGAGAGGCAAAAUCGAGAGUCUAGAGGAAGAAAACCGACAGAUCAAUCUCCAGAUGUCGGAAUUGUCUAGGACAGCCACAGAGUACUCAACCAUGCUUCAGAAGAAGGAAGCCGAGAUUUCCCGCCUCACCUCCGAGUUGUUUGCUCUGAAGAAGGAGCGCGAUCAACUAUCCCAACAAUCAAGCAAGCUCGAGCAUGAGAUCGCGUCUGUCCUAGGAGAACUUGAAGCCCUGAAGGCGAGUCAGAAAGGGGACAUGCAAGCGCGAGAGAAUCUGCAACACGAACUGGACGAAUUGCGCACCAUGAUGGCUGCCAAGGCGUCGGAGGACUCAAAACUUCGAGAGGUCGAGAGGAGUAAAGAGCAAGAGCUUACCAGUCUUCGAUCUCAAGUCAACAAACUGCAACGAGACGUCUCAGAAGCUCGGUCACAGGCAUCAGAAGCCCAGAGCAAACUCAAGUCCGAGACUGAAAGCGCCCAACGUCAACUCAGAGAACUGGAGAGGUCACAGAAAUCGAUCAAGGAGCAGAAGAGUGCCAAUGAAGCAAAGCUUGCUGAGGUCGAGGCGAGCCUUGCAGACCUCGCCAAGUCUAAACGAGUCGCCGAGACGGAAUUGCAAGCCGUGCGUGCUCGUCAGCUCGACUUGGACACCCAGUUGGAGGAAGCUAUCACCGAGAAAGAGUCCUUGCAGAGACAAUUGGCUGCCGCACAGUCAAAGCAACAGGAGUAUGAAGACACGGUCUUGCAGAUUGAACGUGAAAAGGCCACCUGGACACGCGAGAUGGAAAGUAUGAAGACCCGUCUCGAAUCCGAGAGCAACCGGCGAGCACACUUGGAGAAGAACGCGACUGGUCGGAACACGGAGGCGGCGCGACUUCGAGAGCGUGUCGCCAAGAUGGAGAAGGAUAUGGUCAAUCUCCAAAAGGAUAUCGGAGAUCGUGAUUGGCAAAUCAAGCAGCUCAAGAGCAAAGCCAGUCAGGACAAGACCACUGUAGAGCAUGUUUAUGUCCUACAAGAGGCGAAAAGAGUCACCGACCUCCAACUUGAAGAGGCAAAGAGAGAGUUGGAACGAGAAAGGACUCGGAUCAAGACUCUCGAGACAACGAAAGCUCGGCUCAUUAGCGAAGCGGAGGACGCCGCGUAUCAACACCAGCAAGAACUCGUUGCCAUCCGCUCAAGUGAUAAACACUCACAGGUGCUCGAACAAAAGGCGGCGAAGGCUCUCGCCAAUCUCGAGAGGGAGAAGAGCAUACGAGAGACAGCUGAAAUGCAAUCGAAGAGAUUGGAAUCGGAGCUCGAAUCGAUGCGAUCGCAGAUGGCCGAUCUCGAGCAGAGUCUACAUACUGCAGAGCGUACGCGAGAGCACAUGGAGACGGAAAUUGCCACUCUCGCCGCGAAUGGAGACAGCGCCGAGUCGAUGAAGAAGAUGAGGCGAGACUACGAAGCGCGGAUCACGCAGCUAGAGUCGCAAAUAGAAGAUAGCGAGAUCGUACGUGUCACCGCUGAGCGCAUCAAGCAGAAGGUCGAUCAGCAACAUGCAGAGCUGCGACGGCUGGUUGCAUCUAGUGGUAUUCGGGACACAUUCAGAGAAAGGAUUAUGAAGGAGAUCCAAGCUGUCGAUGAUGCUAUUGCUGCGGAGAUAGUCUCCAAGACCCCCAGACACGUGAAAAGGAACAGUGUUCAGACGUUCGCCAACAUUGCUCCUCAGAAGCGAUUCUCGGUGUCGAUAUCAGGCCCCUCAAAUGGGCAGCCUAAGGAUCGUCGUGAUUCACCCUCGCUUGAGAGACCACGCACUCCGGACAAGAGCACGACCCAACUCAAGCAACAGGUUCAAUCUUUGGAACUACGAAUUGUCGCUUCCGAUAGAGUUCGACAACAUUUGGAGGCUACCUUACAUUCUCUGACAACAGACCUCGAGAGGAGUGAUGGCUCGAAGCAAUCUCUUCAAGCACAUCGCGCAAAGAUUGCUCGAGAGAACGCUAAGCUCGUCGAUCUGCUUCAUCAAGAGUCAGAAGCACGUAGAGCUACCGAGGCGUCUCAAACCGAUGGGAUCAAUGCUAUGUGGAAGAAGUUCCAAACCACCAUCGACAGUGAGCGAGCCAAUUACAGUCGUUUGGAAGAGUCUCGCAAGUCCCUGAUGGCGCAGCAGAAGGUUUCGCAGGUUGAGAUGGACGAGCUCAAGAGGAGCGUGGCGGAAAUGCACCAGAUUCGCAGACAGUUGACAAACGAGAUUCACGAACUUCAAGGUCGCUUGGAGGCGGAGCAAAAGGCCAAGGCAACGGAGUCAACUGCACGCCGCCGAUUGCAAGAACAACUCCAAGAGUUGCAGGCAUCAAGUGCAGCGUCAUCUUCACUGCAAGGAGGCAUGAGUCAGGCAGCGGAGACUUACAAAGCCAAAGCUGACGCAUAUUUGGCGAAGCUUGAAGCCGCAGAGAUUGCACGAGCGAAAGCGUCUCACCAGGAAUCGCUGACUCGGAAGUCACUUGCAGAGGCUGAGAAAGCUCGGGAUGUUGCGGAGACUGCUCGUCAAGCAAUGGAACAACGACUCAACGAAGCCGAGCAGCGUAUUACAGAACUUUCUAACCGGCUUGAGGAAGAGUCGCGUGAGUAUACGGACAUGGAAGUUUUCAGAAGGCGCCUUAAAGAAGAGAUGGAGGACGAACGAGACCAGCAUCAAAAGGAUCUUGCCGAGAGAGACUUCACUAUCGAUCAGACACGCCAAAAGUAUCAGGCAGAGCUACUCCAGCUCAGCGAAGAGUCACGCCAUCUUCGAGACAACAUUAGCCAUCUCCGUGAAGAAAAUCACAAAAUGCGCUCCGAGCUCGACGAGCUUCAACUUCGUUAUGACGAUGAACAAUACUCAAGCUCAGGGUGGAAGAAAGAGAAAGAGCGCAUGUCAGCCAAGAUUAUGGACCUCACCGGAGCGUACGAGUCAUCCAAGAUGGCUCAAGCGGAGCAGCAGACUCAGAUUGUCGCCCUUCUCUCGCAAGUUCGCGAAUUGCGUGCUUUGCUGGAUGAUGCGGAGGCCGAGAGGGCUGCUCUUCGCCAGGCACGUAUGCAACUAGAGUCGAGGUUGAGCGAUAUUGCACAAGAUCAUCUCGAUACAAGCCGGCUAUCGAGUGACCGAGUGCUCCAAGAACUCAACCUCGAGAAGCAAGACCUUCGUGCGCAACUCGAGGAGCAAGCUGAUCGAGUCGCUCUCGCCAACGAAAAGCUGAAGAAGGCCGAAGGCUUUGCUAGUGAGGCUCAGAUCGAAUUGAGCAAAGUCAGGCAUACCAACUCGGAACUGGAGAAGGAGAAUGCAACGCUCAAGAAUACAAACAAGGAGCUGAACGUCAGAAUCGUCGAGUACGAGACGAAGGCCUACGCAAACGCACCACGUCCCUCUACGACUCGCAGACAAGAAAUGCGCAUUGAAGAACUCCAGAACCGCCUUGCCCAAGAGGAGAGAGAGCGAACCGAGGCCUCAAAGCUGCACAGGACAGCUGACAAGAACGCGCGCGAACUCAACUUCCAACUCACAGAGAGCAAUCGACACAGACUACGACUUGAAGAGGAGCUCAAGGGCGCUGAACAGAAGAUAGAAGGUCUACGAGUCGAGUUUAACGAGUUGCUGAAAUCUGAGAGUGCACUCAAAGUUUCGAAAAGGCGAGCAGAACUAGAAGCGCAAGAGUAUAGACAGAAACACCUCAAUGCGCAAAGGGAAUUAGAAACUCUGCGUGGCCGCCUUGAUCGCUCCCCUCGCAAAUGA